GAGACUUAACAUGUGUUCUAAAAAACUCUUAAAAAUGGAUUAAUUAUUAAGGAAUGCAUUAGCCCAACACCCCCAAGAAAUGGAUUCACUCUCCCUCGAACCCCCACCGGCGGUGCUUGCCGCCAUCCCCCCUCCUCCUACGCCACCGCCCCCUGACAUCCUGGCACUCCUUCCCCCUCCAGUAGGGCCAACACCUCCCACUUUCCCUCCUAUGCCCGUCUCUCCUAAUGAAAGAUUUCCUCCAGGAACAAAGUCCUUCAAAGAUACCUUGGUUGAGGGCAGUGCCUUUGUUACGCCGCCGCUGGUUACUUAUGAGGAAUUAGUUGCAGCAAACAAAGCCUUUGAUUCGUCCUCACCAAUGUUAGAAGAUGGCUCUAACCCCACCCAAGUGAAAGUUCCUAAGGUGAGAAUACCCAAGGAGAUCUGGCAACGCCUUUGUGCCCCCUGGACAAAUGCAGUUAUCAUCAAGCUUCUAGGGAAAUCCAUCAACUAUCAUGUGUUGCAUGCCAGACUACUUAAGGAAUGGAGAACGGAAAAUGAGUUUGAAGUUAUUGAUGUUGGUUUAGGCUAUUACAUCGUUAAGCUUUCUUCGCCUCAAGAUUGUUAUAAGGUGUUAACUGGUGGUCCAUACAAAAUGUUUGAUCACUACCUUGUUGUCCAGCCAUGGGAGCUUGGGUUCCAUCCAGCGCAAGCAAAAGCGCCAAAAACAACACAAAUUGGAAAGCCGAUUAAGGUUGAUCCGACUACGCUCUUAGCAACGAGGGGACAGUUUGCCCGUGUCUGUGUUGAAGUUGACUUGAGCCAACCAUUGCCGUCCUCUGUUGACUUAGAUCUUGAGGAUCUGCCUCAAUCUCUUAUCCUAGCUCUAAAACCUGACUAUGUUGAUAACAACAUGGUUUAUGGCCCUUGGAUGGUUCAGCAGCGGAAACAACGACGACGCCCUCCACAACACUGGCAGUCGGAGCCACAAUCUAAAGAUGCUCCUACUUCACAGCCGUUGGUCACGGAGAAUUCUACUCUGCCCUAUUUAAUCCAGGUGCAACCUAUGGUGUUCGAUAGGCACGCCAAAUAUGCAAUUCCUCCUAAACCAACUGCUAACAGAUGUGAGGCUAUCGCGGAUAUUAUGGAUGAAGAUUUGAAUUUACAAGCGUCCAAAAAGGGAAAGGAGGUUGACGUGGCGAGAUCUUCUCCACAUGAAAAGGCAUUGACUGGGUCUAUAUCUCUCAUGAACAUCAUCCCAUCAUCGAGUUCAAUAACUCAUGAAAAUGCUCAAGCUCAGGCUCAUGCCGGUCAACAUGGCCCAGUUGCCUCUAUUCCUCCCCCAACGCCUAGCACCUCAUUUAUUAAGCCCAAACCCAAGCAUGUCAAAAAAAAUACUAAGCCUCUAGGUCUAGUCUCUAAAGUGAUGAAAAACCCACACCCAAAACCUUAUGACCCACCCCCAGUGGUUAAAAAAUCCAUCGACAUCAUAGAAUUAGAGCUUCCUUCCAGCCAACCUCCAAGACAUCCCCCGCCUAAAUCCUACUUGAGCCCAGUGAUCCUUCCUGUAUCAAUGGCACAUUCUUCUUCCCCCCAAUUACCACUCCCCUUUCUAGGUUCCUCUGGUAUGGGUCCUUUAGCCACUGCCACAUGCUCAACAGAGUCUCCUUUGGCUAUAUCUGAGCCUUCUCUGAUUAUGGCAGUAUCUUCUCCCCCCACGGCUGUUAUGAACAUACUGGCCAUCAAAAUUGAAAAAUCUUCCUCAUGAAGAUCGUGACUUGGAAUAGUCGAGGGGUACAACAUGGCCCCUUUAGAAGAGAAUGCAAGGAAUUAUUAAAAAUGCAUAAGCCUGAUGUUAUCUGUCUUUUAAAAACAAAAGCUGAUGCAAAUGUUACUACCCUUGGAUUCAUGCAACGGUUUGGUUUCGACAAACAAUCCAAAGUUAACUCUCAGGGUCGAGCUGGUGGUCUUUGGUUGUUUUGGAAAUCUUCUUCUGUCUGUUUAGAAGUGCUACUCACUAAUAAUCAAUUCAUCCAUUGCUCCCUCACUAAUCAGCAUGUCUCUUUUACCAUAACCUUUGCCUACGUUCAACCUCAUGGUGAAUUGAAGAAUCUUUUUUGGGAUAAUCUUACUACGCUAGCUUCUGGCAUCAUUGGGAAUUGGAUAGUUAUGGGUGAUUCAAAUGACAUUGCUUCAGUUGAUGAAGCCUCUCCAAAAGCUAUUGGGAGUUUUUCUCGAGCUCAGAGAUUUCGAGAUCGCCUUAAUGAUUGUGGUUUACAUUCUAAGGAUUCACUUGGGUGUGCUUUUACCUGGAUAAGGAAAACAAAUGGCCGAGUUACGUUGUGAGAGAAACUUGAUUGUGCUCUUUUCAACUUUGUUGCUUUGGAGGCUUUCCCUGAAGCAAAGCUCCUGAAUCUCCCUCGACUUUGCAGUGACCACCAUCCCAUUAUGUUAUGCUUUGAUAUGUUACAUUCUCUUACCAAGAGUUUUAAACCUUUGCGGUUUGAGGCAACUUGGUUAACUCAUGAGAAUUUUGGGGCUAUUUUUUCAGAUGCUCGGUUAGCUCAUGCUUAUUCUCUGUCAAAUGCAAUCUCAUCUGUUAGGGAAGUUUGUACUCGCUGGAAUAAGGAUGUUUUCAGAGA